UCUGUAUAAAAAUUUGACUAUUGUAAUUGCUAUACAAACCUCCAUAAAUAACUUACUUUCAUAAAUUUUCAAUUAAAGUUGAGUUAAAUUGAAUUUCAACUGUUAAAAUAUGAAUUAUUCACAAAAGAAUAAGUUUUCUAUUAAUUACGAAACGAUGUAUCAUUUUCAUCUAGUGUGUAAGAUGAUCCAGGAGAGUGGAAAGGCAAAUUAUAUUAGCUAAUAGCCAUACGAUGUCGCUGUACGUUACGUACCUUAUUCGCCAAGUCAAUCUUAACGACGCACCUGCAGCAUAGAAAUUUUCAUUACUUUGCGAUAAGCCUCUUAUGAGUAUACUGUAUUUAAGAAAUUUAUCUAAAGUUAAAACGAUAUAAAUUAAGGAAUAUAUCAGUACGCCUUUUUAUUUGUUUGUUUACUUUGCAACUUGUAUUAUCGUUCCUUUCUAAGAUUAUAUUAAUAUUUGUAUAUUUAUAUAUUUUUACUUUAAACAACAAAAACAACAAACAAACAAUUAAAAAAACGUAUUAAAAGAGAGAGUAAUAUACUUGUUUUGGUCCUUAACUUUAAUGCUAAUAUAUCGUAAAGUGGAAAAGAAGUUGACGAAAUUCUCAUUUUCUCUAAGAAAAGUUGAUAAACUAGAAAUAUACUAUGGUUGAAUUUCAUGUUCAUGAAUAUCAACCAAGUUGUCGAAUUGAUAAUGCAGAUGGAUUAAGUGGAUUUUGCAUGUGGUGUGGCUGCAUGAGCGAGGUGUUCACAAUCGUUAUUUUUCAUAUUCUUUAAUUUGGAUAUUGCAGUAUAGGUAUGGAACGUUUUGUAUAUAAUUAAAAUAGUGAUAAAAAAAAGAUAUUCUUAAUCUUAAGAUAUGCAAAAUUUUCAUUUGAAAAGACGCUUCAUACCUGUCAACUUCGACGCAUUAUCCAACAAUAGUUCAAUAGAUUUUCUUUUUCUAAUCCUUUUUAUCAUAAUUGUCAAUUCUUGUCUUUGCUUUUAAAAAGCUUUCUUUUCCCUUCGAAUGAAACAGGAACUCGUCGGAAGCAGUCCGAGUCAGAAAAAUUGGCGUGGAAUAUUAAUUGCGCUACUUGUUAUCCUCGUCGUCUGCUCUUUGAUCGUUAUUGCUGUAAUCUUAGUUACUCCGAAAACUUCAAACGAAAAAUUAGGAAAGCCAUUCACAUUUGAGGAUUUCUCGGACGGUCGACUCAAAAUUAAAACCUUCAAUGUAGACUGGUUGGGCAACUCAAAUAAAUAUUCUUAUCUGACAAGAGAAAAUGAAAUAAUGGUAAACGAUGUAGAAAACAAUAAAUCGUACUCACUUAUGGAUAAUGCAACUUACCAUUUCCUCAACAUUUCCUCAUACAAAGUUUCCACUGACCUAAAAUAUAUUCUUAUCGCGACGAAUUUAAGUGAAAUUUUUCGACAUUCCUAUAAAGCCUUCUAUUCGAUAUAUGAUGUUGAAAAUAAGCAAAGAAUAAAAAACUUUCCCUCCAUGCCCAAUAAAUUAGCCUCAAUGAAAAAUAAAAAAUUACAACACGCAGAUUGGUCGGAUGAUGGGCAUCAUCUCACUUUCCUCUAUGAAAAUGAUAUCUAUUAUCAAGAGAGUCCAGAAUCUACAGCAGAGAGAUUGACUGUUACUGGCAAACCUAAUAAAAUAUUCAACGGAAUUUGUGAUUGGUUGUAUGAAGAGGAGAUCUUAUUUAGAAGUAAAGCUCACUGGUUAUCUCCAAAUAAAAAGAAGAUCCUUUACCUAAGUUUCGACGAUUCUAAUGUUGCUUUACACAAAUUUCCCGUCUACGAUAAGUCAAAUAGAGAGAACGAAUUCGAAUUUAGAUAUCCUAAAGCAUCUGAUAAUAGAAGCAACGUUAAUCCUAUUGCCGAUGUUCGAAUUGUCGACGUCCAUAAUAAUAAGGCAGAGCUGCAUUUAUCACCGCCAAAUGAAUUUCCAAAGAGUCAGUUAUAUAUUGCUAAUGCUAAAUGGAUAAAUGAUGAGAAAGUUCUAGUUAUUUGGCUGAAUCGUGAGCAAAAUCAAGCGAUACACGCAAUAUAUUCUGUCGAUUCGCAUAGGCCAACAAUUAUCUUUCAUGAAAAAUCACCUCAUGGCUGGAUAUCAGUUUCUGAACUGUUCGUUUGGGAUGACAAUAGUUACGUAACAAUUAUACCAAAGACAGAGGGAGACGACGAUUCAUGGAAGAAUCUGGUUGUAUUAGAUACAAGAAAACAAAACGACCAAGUCGAUAAUAUCCCUACGUUUAUUACUAGUGAAAAAUGGGAUAAGCAGGAAAUAUUAGCCGUUGAUAAAGAAUCGCGAUCAAUUUUCUAUUUGGGAAACAAUGGCGAUCCUCGUAAAAUGCAUAUUUUUAAAAUAUCUCUUAGGGACGAUAAUAGUGUAGAUUACGGACCAGUUUGUUUAACAUGCAAUAAGUCGGAAGAUUGUACAUAUCAUUCCGCGCAAUUCGCCAGAAAUGGCAAAUAUUAUAUUGAAAAGUGCGGUGGGCCAGGUGUUCCAAUCUACACUUUAAAGAGUACUGUAAAUGAUAAAAAUGUCAUUCUUGAAGAUAACGCCCCAUUGAGGUCAAAGAUUGAAAGUUAUGCUUGGCCGAGGAAAGAAUAUCACGAAAUAAGAGUGAAUAGGGAAGAUGAAGAGCCGUAUAUAAUCUACACCUCUAUAAUACUUCCACCACAACUCAAUAAGAAUCAUAUAACAAAAUAUCCUUUACUUGUCUACACUUACGGUGGUCCUGAUACUCAACUAGUUAAGGAAAACUUUCAAAUUGGUUGGCAUACAUAUCUUAGCAGUGCAGAGAAUACGAUAUAUGUUGAAAUUGAUGGACGUGGAUCAUCAGGCAGGGGUCAAAAAUAUUCUCAUAUAUUGUAUAAGAAGUUAGGAACGUUGGAAGUUCAGGAUCAAAUUGCUGUCACCAGGUACUUUUGCGAAAAGUACGAAUUUAUAGACCAAAGUCGAGUUGCUAUCUGGGGCUGGUCUUAUGGAGGAUUUGUUACCACCCACGCCUUAGGGGAUGAGCAUUCUAACAUUUUUAAAUGUGGUAUUGCGGUAGCUCCUGUUACUGAUUGGCGUUAUUAUGAUACAACUUAUUCUGAAAAGUAUUUAGGCCUAUAUAAGAAGAACGCCGACGCUUACGCCAGAGCAAGCGUCAUACCUAAAGUAAAGAAUUUCAAAAAUAAGAAAUUCUUUCUUAUUCAUGGGACUGCUGAUGGUAAAUUAAUAUAAAUACUAAUCGUAUAUCAUAGCUUUUUUAUCAAUUUCAUCAUAUAUUUCUCUCCCUUAGAUAACGUCCACUUUAUACACAGUGCUCAAUUAAUGAAAGCCUUAACCAAGGCUGAGAUACUUUAUAGGACUCAAGUAUGAAUAAUUUAUUAGAUGCCUAAAUACUAAUAUCUAAUAAACCAGUUACCAGUCUUUUAAUAAUAAUUUAUUACACUUUUUAGAUUUACCCUGAUAAGAAUCAUAUGAUCUCUGGUCGACAUACAACGAAACACUUAUAUAAAACAAUGACAAAAUUUUUAAAACAAGACUGCUGGAAUGGUGGUGCACCUAGAGAAUAUAACCCUGAAGCUAAGAAGGGAAAGAACAAAUAAUCUCGAAAUAUUGUUCAAUUUAAUACGAUUCACAUACUAUAUAUUAUUAUAUAGUAUUGUAUACUAUAUUCUAUGUUUAUGUUCAAAAAUAAUGUACUAUAAUGUAUUGUUAUACGUUUUACAGUGUUAACUACUUUUGAAUUAUUUUUUAGAUAUUCAAUAAGUAUGAAAGGGUGAAAAACUGUAUUUAAAUAUAGGUUGUGUACAGAGGAAGAGAGAAGUGAAAAGGAAAGUAGUACAUAAUCUGCAUUUAAUAUACAGAACAAAUAUAUACAUACGUAUAUAUAUAUAUUGUAUAUAUGUACAUUCAAGUACAUAGAGUAAUGAAGAUAAAGAAGAAAAAACAGCGCAAUAAUAACGCAUUUUUUUCUACAAAAUAUUUCUUUACUUUAUUUAAAUAUUCUAAUUCAUUCUACUGCAGAAAUAUGAAAAGAAUAGACAAAUUUACUUUAACCGACUUACAAAAAAGAGGAGGGCAGUCUGUAAUUUGCAUUAUAAAACUAUUCUAAUAAGUGAAUAAUGUAUAUAUUGUAUAUUAAACAUUGAAGAGAAAAACAAUUCAUAUUUACUGUUUAUUAUCUUAAAUAUGUUUGUUUUUAUGUUUUUUCUUUUCUUGUUUUUCUUUUCUCGAAAUAACGAAAUUUAGGAAAAACAGCGAAAAUUAGAAAUAAUUAAUGAAAUAACAGAUUUUUCUUUUAGAUAACUUUUUUCCAAUUAUAUAUUAAAACUGUAAUGGUUUGUCUUUGUAUUUAUGGUACAAACGUUUAAUUAUACAACGCACAAUUUUUAAUCUUUAAUCUAUUUAA